ACAAAAAUGGCAGAAGCAGCAAAGCAACACAUUGAUCGGAUUAGGAAGACUAAGUUUUCUAUCGGCGGUGAUGAGAAUCCUUUGACGGAGGAUCUUCAUCAGGCUGUGAAGAACCUCUCUGCUGAACUCUACGCCAAGGAUGUUCACUUCCUCAUGGAGCUUAUCCAAAACGCAGAGGAUAAUGAGUACCCUGAAGGUGUAGAUCCUUGUCUCGAAUUUGUUAUCACCUCUGAGGACAUCACAGCCACUGGAGCUCCAGCAACUCUACUCAUCUUCAACAACGAGAAGGGUUUUGCUGAGAAGAACAUUGAGUCCAUAUGCAGUGUUGGAAGGUCCACCAAAAAGGGAAACCGAAAACGUGGUUACAUUGGAGAGAAAGGAAUCGGUUUCAAGAGUGUGUUUCUGAUUACUUCUCGUCCUUACAUCUUCAGCAAAGGCUACCAAAUCCGUUUUAACGAGGAUCCUUGCAGUUUCUGCAACCUUGGCUACAUUGUACCUGAAUGGGUCGACCAGCAUCCUUCUCCUGCCGACAUACAAAGAAUCUACGGCUCAGGCUCUGCUCUACCAACCACAACAAUCAUCUUACCCUUAAAAAGUGACAAAGUCAAGCCGGUCAAAGAACAGCUCUCUAGUGUCCACCCUGAAGUCCUCCUGUUCCUCUCCAAGAUCAAACGUCUCUCCAUCAGAGAACACUGCCAAAACCCAAACCUCACCACAGUAAACUCCAUCGGUAUCCUAAGCGAGACUGACUUCAUGACUAGGAAGAGCAUUGACGCUGAGUCUUACACCAUCCAUCUCUCCGCUAGUGAAACCAACUCCGAGAAACAAUGCAGCUACUACAUGUGGAGGCAAAAGUUCCCAGUGAAAAUGGAGAAUCGUGUUGAAAGAAGAUCAGAAGUUGAAGAUUGGGUGAUCACUUUAGCGUUUCCUUUUGGAGAGCGUCUUGGCCGUGGUGACAGCUCUCCUGGUAUCUACGCCUUUCUCCCUACAGAGAUGGUUACGAACUUACCUUUCAUCAUACAAGCGGACUUCAUCUUAGCAUCCUCAAGAGAAACUAUUCUACUUGAUGAUAUAUGGAACCAAGGGAUUCUCAACUGUGUUCCCUCAGCUUUUGUGAAUGCGUUUACUUCGUUGGUGAAGAAGACUGAUGCUCCGGUGUCAAGCUUGCUUCCUGCUUUCAACUUCUUGCCUGUGAAGCAAUCUAGUUACGCGAAGCUGAACGUGGUUAGAGAAUCUAUCAGGGCUAAGGUCUCUGCUGAGGAGAUUGUACCAAGCGUCUCGCAUUUAGGACAGAAGUUUUUCCAUAGACCGUGUGAAGUUGGUCGUCUUGUUCCUGCCUUUUGGAACAUCUUGGAGAAGGCAAGAGGAGAGAAGGCGAGUUUGAACAAUAUCUCGUCUCAUGGGAUCUAUGUUUUGGAUUCUUCUUUUGACAGAGCUGAGAAUGACGAUGUUCUUGACUUCUUGGGUUUGAAGCAAGUCAGCAACGAGUGGUAUGCUAAAUGCAUACAGGGAUGCGAUCUGGUGAGGAGUGUGUCGGAAGAUACGUACGUGUGGGUUCUUCUUUUCUUGGCUGAGAAUUGGCAGACAAUGUUUCAAGGGACAAACAUGGUGAAAGUUCCGCUUAUUAAGUAUGUUGUCAGAAAAGGAGUGACUUCUCUUAGCAGUGUGGCUGACUUCAGUCCUAAAACACUAUGUUUCCCAACUCCGAAGAACCAGGAUUGGUUUCUUGACUGGAGUGAUGAGUUCAGAUGCAUGUCCAAGUUUGUUUUCAUGCCUCAGACAACAUUGUUAGUGUUGAAAGCUUGUUCCAAGAAGGAGACAGUGCUCAAUUGGCUUAAAGAGAAGAUAAAAGUCACCACUCUUAGCUUCUCAGAUUACACAAAACGUCUCCUGGAGAAUCUUAAUGGAGAUAAGAGACUGGUUCUUGCGUAUGCACACUUUCUACAUCACUCAAUCUCCAAGGGAUUUCUAUCAGAGGACGAGGGUUACAAGUGUUGCAAAGACAUGCCGCUUGUGGACAACUAUGGUAACGUCAACACUAGCAGAACCGGUGUUCUUGUUCCCGCUAGCCAAGGUAAAUGGAUAAGCUUAACCGGUUCAAAUCCAUGGAGACAAGACGGAUACAUUGAGCUUUGGGAAGAGUAUCUGUCUUCUGUUAGAUUCGCUGGUGUUCUGUCUACUCACAAAGCGCUUCUGCCCUUCUUGAAAUCUUAUGCUAGAGCUGGAGAUGUACCUGAGAUAACACCACCAAACGCAGCUAUACCUGCCUUAUCUGGUGCUCUAAAGAAGGAGAAUGCUUUGCUGCUCUUGAAGUGGAUACAGUGUAAUAGAUACUCUCUCCCAAGAAAGUUUAUGGACUCUGUUAAAGGAGGGAGCUGGUUGAGAACUACAAUGAAUGGUUCCUCUGACUAUAAACCACCUUCUCAGUCUUUUUACCAUACUUCAUCAUGUGAUCUCACUAUUCUCCAAACCGGAUCAAUCCUUGUUGACAUCCCACUUGUUGAUGUAAACUUCUACGGCAGAGAGAUUGAGAAGUUCACAGAAGAGCUGAAGAUUGCUGGCGUCAUGACUGAGUUCAGCCAAGCGUGUGAGUUUGUUGGUGACCACCUCAUGCGUUUAGCUGAGACAUCAACCUUGUCAAGAGAGAAUGUGUUCUCUAUUCUUAAUUUCAUCAGGUACUUGAGAGAGAAGAGACUCCCGCCAAAUGAUUUCAUUGGAGCUGUUGAAAACGGAGCUUGGCUUAAGACAAGUAACGGUUAUAGAUCUCCAGAUGGUGCUGUUCUGUUCAGUCCAGAGUGGAAAGCUGCUUCACUGAUCAGUGAUAUACCGUUCAUUGACAAGGAUUGCUAUGGUGAAGCUAAACUUAAAGGGUUUGAGAAAGAGCUUGAGUUGCUAGGCGUUGUGGUUAAGUUUCCUGGUAAUCACAGCCUUAUUGUUUCUCACUUGAAUGCUUCAAAGCUGAGUUAUCUCACAGCAGAAGCAAUGCUCUUAGUACUUGACUGCAUGCGCUGUCUCAGUCCUCGGAAGCUUACCAAUCCCUUAAGAAGUUCUCAAUGUUUCAAGACCAAGAAUGGCUACAAGACUCCUGCUGAAUGCUUCAUACCUGAUCCGGAGUGGAGCUGUCUCGUCUCAGUCUUUGAUAACUUCCCUUUGAUCGAUGAGAGUUUCUACGGAAGCAAAAUCUUUUCCUACAAGGAGGAGCUGAAGCAGAUUGGUGUUGUGGUUAACCUUGAUGAAGCUGUGAACGGGUUUGUUCGGACAUUCAAGCAGAAAGCUACUUCAUCCUCUUGUCUAAACCGAGACACAUCCAUGUCUCUUCUGUCCUGCUACAAGAAACUGAUGGAAAGCAGUCAUAAGUUUCCUGAAGAGCUGAUGAGAAGCUUCAAAGAGUUACAAUGGCUACACACAACACUCGGUGACUUCCGUGCUCCUAAAGACUGCAUUCUCUUUGAACAAGACUGGGAACAUCUCCGGCUCAUAGCAAACCUCCCUUUCAUCGAUGACAGCUCAAACUGGUACGGCAAAAGCAUAUAUGGUUACAAGAACGAUCUAAAGAGCUUGGGAGUUACAGUUGAGAUGAGACAAGGUAUGAGCCAUGUUGUUAACUCCUUAAGCCUCCCUGAUCCAUCUCGCAUCACUUCUUCUAGUGUCAUCUCUCUUCUUAAGUGUGUUACCUUCUUGCUUGAGGAGAGGUUUGGUAAACUCCCUAAAGAGUUUCUUGAUAAGGUUUCUUCUGUCAAGUGGUUGAAGACACAUGCUGGAUACCGCUGUCCUGAAGAGUGUUUAUUGUUUGAUAACACAUGGGAGUUGGAGCAUUGUGAUGGUCCUUUCAUUGAUGAAGAGUAUUACGGUGUAGAGCUUAAGUGUUUCAAGAAAGAGCUUAUUGCCAUUGGAGUUGGUAACGAUUCAGGCAAAGCUUCCAGGUUGCUUUCUAGCCACGUUUAUAAUCAUUCUGACUCUGACGCAAUCUCCAGGAUAUAUAGGUUUCUCUCCAAAUCCGAGUGGAGACCUGAGAGAGGUGCUUCUUCAGGAAGAAUCUGGAUCCCUAGCGAGUGUAAAUGGGCAGAUGUCUCUACCUGUGUUGUCUAUGACAAAGACAAACUCUUUGGCACAAAGCUAAACGUUCUUGAAAACCAUUACGAUGGUCCUCUUCUUGGUUUCUUCUUAUCUGCGUUUGAAGUGAGAGGAAGCCCUUCUGUGGAAGAUUACUGUGCUUUGUGGAAAGAUUGGGAGAGAACCAAGGAGAGAGUGUCUUACGAAGAGUGUUGUGCGUUCUGGAGAUUCGUGGCUAGACACAGUUACACAACUAAAGCUGACAAGUUUCUGUCGGAAUCUAUCUCUCGUUUGCCUGUAAACACACCAGAUUACAGCAACAGUGAAGGCAUCUUGCUGUGUGAUAAGAGUGAUGUGUUUGUUGCUGAUGAUUUGCUCCUGAAGGAUCUUUUCACAGAGUCCCCUGUCUUCGUGUGGUACCCAUCUCCAAGCAUCCCUACCUUGUCACAAACCAAACUUACAGAGAUUUACAGAAAACUCGGUGUUAAAGAGAUCUCCAAGUGCGUAGAGAUGUCAGAAGCUAAGCUAACAGACAACGGAGACAAGACCGAGAAGAUGGAGAGUAAUCUGGUAGGAAGAGGGUUAGUGAGGCUCAUUCUAGGGUUUCUCUCUGAUCCAUCUCUCAAGAUAGAAGCUGAGGAACGUUCUGAGAUCAUACAAAGCCUUGUUUCCCUCAACGUUCUUGAAACUCAAGAGACGAUCUCUACAGAGUAUACACUGAACCUACCGUCGAAGGGAGAGAAGCUGGUUGCAAAAGCUAAGAGGAUGAUAAGGUGGGAGAGGGAGAAAGGAGUUGUGUACGCUGAGAAGAUGGGGAAAGCGUGUGGGAAAAGAAAGGUUUUGGAGUAUGCUACUUGUUUUUCUGAGGUGAUUGCUAAAGGAGCGAUGUGGCAGAGGGAAGAUCUGAUUGGAGAAUUGUCUGAGCUUGUGAAGAUGGCUUACUUGGUUGAGUUUGAUGAUGAGGCUUUGGAGUUUCUUAUGAAGUCUAAGAACCUUCAGGUUUAUGAAGAAGAUGAGAAGCUCAUCUCUGAUGCCUACACUCUCAAGAAAACCUAAGAUGCCUUCUAUAACAAGCAAACCCAGGGACCGACCUAUAUGUUCUAUCUAUUUCGUUUGAAUGCGUGUGUUUUGGUAUUCUGCAUCUUUUGUAAAACCUUCUCAUGACUUUUCUACUAAGUUCUAUAAAAUAUUUUGGUAUCUCGAUUACUAUUUUUUUUUUUUUUUGAACAACUCUCGAUUACUAUUUAAAGUGAAAUAUUCAAGUAUUUUUCUUACCAAUAUUAAUCAAUCAUAUUUUGCCC